AUGGGCAAGGAAAAGAUUCAUAUCAACAUUGUAGUCAUUGGCCAUGUGGACUCUGGUAAGUCCACCACCACAGGUCACCUCAUCUACAAGUGUGGUGGCAUUGAUGAGCGUACCAUUGCCAAGUUUGAAAAGGAAGCCCAAGAGAUGGGCAAGGGCUCCUUCAAAUAUGCCUGGGUGUUGGACAAGCUGAAGGCGGAGCGUGAGCGAGGUAUCACCAUUGAUAUAGCUCUGUGGAAGUUCCAGACUGAAAAGUACUACAUCACCAUCAUUGAUGCCCCUGGUCAUCGGGAUUUCAUCAAGAACAUGAUCACCGGAACAUCUCAGGCUGAUUGUGCUGUGUUGAUUGUUGCCGCCGGAACUGGAGAGUUUGAAGCUGGUAUCUCCAAGGAUGGCCAGACCCGCGAGCAUGCUCUGCUUGCCUACACCCUGGGUGUGAAACAAAUAAUCGUUGGAAUCAACAAGAUGGACAGCACCCAACCUCCUUACAGUCAGCAACGUUACCUGGAAAUCGUCAAGGAAGUCGGCAACUACAUCAAGAAAAUCGGGUACAACCCGAAGGCUGUCCCGUUUGUGCCCAUUUCUGGGUGGGUCGGUGAUAACAUGAUUGACGAUUCUCCCAACAUGCCCUGGUACAAGGGCUGGUCUGUUGAAAGAAAAGAAGGUAAUGCCAGUGGGAAGACUCUGAUAGAUGCCCUGGAUUCCGUUUCUGCUCCUUCCCGCCCCGUGGACAAACCUCUGCGCCUGCCCCUGCAGGAUGUCUACAAAAUUGGUGGUAUCGGAACUGUGCCUGUCGGUCGUGUUGAAACUGGCAUUCUGAAGCCGGGUAUGGUGGUCACCUUUGCUCCAACUAACAUUACCACUGAGGUGAAAUCUGUGGAGAUGCAUCAUGAGGCGCUGGCUGAGGCCACACCUGGUGACAAUGUUGGCUUUAACAUCAAGAAUGUGUCGGUCAAGGAGAUUCGUCGUGGCAACGUGGCCGGUGAUAGCAAAAAUGAUCCACCCAAGGGCACCCAGUUAUUCCACGCUCAGGUGAUAAUCCUGAACCACCCGGGUGAGAUCAGGAAUGGUUAUACGCCGGUGUUGGACUGCCACACUGCCCACAUUGCCUGCAAGUUUGCGGAGAUCAAAGAGAAAUGCGACCGUCGUUCUGGCGUAAAGCUGGAGGACAACCCCAAGUUCGUCAAGUCUGGUGAUGCCGCCAUGGUGGACCUGAUCCCCUCUAAACCCAUGUGCGUGGAGGCCUUCUCCGACUACCCACCCCUGGGUCGCUUUGCUGUCCGCGACAUGAAGCAGACUGUGGCUGUCGGGGUCAUCAAGUCCGUCAUCAAAGAGGAGCCUAGUUCUGGAAAGGUCACCAAGGCCGCUGCCAAGAAAAAGUGA